CUAGCCUGGGAAACCCGUCACUCCGCUAGGUACCUGUUGGAGCCGCGUGUGUCUACUCUCACCGCCCGCGAGCUGCCCUGGCCUGGUGCUUUCCGAAAUCCGUCAAGUGCCCCGGAUGCGGUGUCCUGUGCUGGCCCGUGAGCGUCAGCAGCGCAGCGGCGGGGACCGCAGCCCGGCGACCCUGGAACCUUCCAGGUCUCCCACUGCUCAGCCAAUCAGCUCACCUCUGAAUGAGAACCAAGAGCCCUGGGUGAUGAAGACAGAGGAGAUUGUAGCAAAGGAUCCAGAAACUUGGAGAAGAGCAAUACGAAGAAUGAAUGCGUCCCUGGUAAAUGCUCCCCAGGGUCAGUUAACAUUCAAGGAUGUGGCUGUGGACUUCUCACAGGAGGAAUGGGAAUGUCUUGACUGUGCUCAGCGGGCAUUGUACAUGGACGUGAUGUUGGAGAAUUACAACAAUCUAUAUUUUGUGGAGAAUCAUUGCAUAUGUCCUAAAUAUGAGAAUUUCUUGGAUCAAGACCCACAGCAUUUUGUCCACAAGCAUGUGAAUAUCCAAGAGAAGUCUUAUAAAUGUGAUGAGCAUGGCAAAAUCAUUCAUGAAUCCACUCGAAGUGUGCUUCACCAAGCUUGCGUAAGGAAUACACGCGUUAAGUCAUCAAACGUAAAAAGCCAUGAUGCUGGCAACACAGGAGAACCUUGCAAAUAUAAAAACUGUAUAAACUGUUUAAAUGUAUGUUCGAUCAUUAAUCUAAAUCAAGAAAUCCACACAGGAAAGAAAGAGCACAAUGGUACAGUGCUUGAUAAGGUUUUUGACUCUAAACAAAUGCACAUGCUGAAACAAACCAAUAAUGGGAAGAAACCUUACAAAUGCAGUGAAUGUGCCAGAUGCUUCACCAAGAAAUGCAAGCUUAGACAACAUCAGACAAUUCAUACAGGAGAGAAACCUUACAAAUGUAAUGAAUGUGACAAAUGCUUUUCCCAAAAAUGUAGUCAUAGUACUCAUAAGAAAAUUCAUACAGGAGAGAAACCGUACAAAUGUAAUGACUGUGACAAAUGCUUUACCUUCAAAACUGAUCUGAGAAUUCAUCAGAGGAUUCAUACAGGAGAGAAACCGUACAAAUGUAUUGAAUGUGACAAAUCUUUUACCCAGAAAGGCCAUCUUAUAAUUCAUCAGAGAAUUCAUACAGGAGAGAAACCUUAUAAAUGUAGUCAAUGUGACAAAUGCUUUACCCAAAAAUGUAGUCUUACUAUUCAUCAGAGAAUUCAUACAGGGGAAAAACCGUAUAAGUGUAGCAAAUGUGACAAAUGCUUUACUCACAAAGGUGAUCUUAAAAGUCAUCAGAGAAUUCAUACAGGAGAGAAACCUUAUAAAUGUAGUGAGUGUGACAAAUGCUUUACCCACAAACGCAGUCUUAGAAGUCAUCAGAGAAUUCAUACAGGAGAGAAGCCUUAUAAAUGUAGUGAAUGUGACAAAUGCUUUACCCACAAACGCAGUCUUAGUAUUCAUCAGAUAAUUCAUACAGGAGAGCCGCCUUACAAAUGUAGUGCAUGUGACAAAUGCUUUAAUCACAGAGGUGAUCUUAGAAAUCAUAAGAGAAUUCAUACAGGAGAGAAACCUUAUAAAUGUAAUGAAUGUGACAAAUGCUUUUUUCACAAAUACAGUCUUAGUAUUCAUCAGAGAAUUCAUACAGGAGAGAAACCUUAUAAAUGUAAUGAAUGUGAUAAAUUCUUUGGACAUAAAUGUAGUCUUAGCAAUCAUCAAAGAAUGCAUACUGGAAAUAAACCCUACAAAUGUAGUCAAUGUGCCAGAUUCUUCACCAAGAAAUGCAAGCUUAGACAACAUCAGAAAAUUCAUAAAGGAGAGAAGCCUUACAAAUGUAAUGACUGUGCCGAAUGCUUUAACUUCAAAACUGAUCUUAGAAUUCAUUAGAGAAUUCAUACAGGAGAGAAACCAUACAAAUGUAUUGAAUGUGACAAAUCGUUUACCAAGAAAGACCAUCCUAUAGAUCAUCAGAGAAUUCAUACAGGAGAGAAACCGUAUAAAUGUAGUAAAUGUGACAAAUGCUUCACUUAUAAAGCUCAUCUUAGAAGUUAUCAGAGAACUCAUACAGGAGAGAAACCUUAUAAAUGUAGCAAAUGUGACAAAUGUUUUACCUACAAAUGCAGUCUUGAUAAUCAUCAAAAAAUUCAUACUGGAGAGAAACCUUACAAAUGUAGUGAAUGUGACAAAUGCUUUACCCAAAAAGGCAGUCUUAGUAUUCAUCAGAGAAUUCAUACAGGAGAAAAACCAUAUAAAUAUAGCAAAUGUGACAAAUGCUUCACUCACAGAAGUCAUCUUCAAAGUCACCAGAGAAGUCAUACAGGAGAGAAACCUUACAAAUGUAGUGAAUGUGACAAAUGCUUUACCCACAAACAUAUUCUUAGUAAUCACCAGAGAAUUCAUACUGGAGAGAAACCUUACAAAUGUAGUGAAUGUGACAAAUGCUUUGCCUACAAAGGCAGUCUUCUUAUGAAUCAGAUAAUUCAUACAGGAGUGAAGCCUUACAAAUGUAGUGAGUGUGACAAAUGCUUUUUUCAUAAAUACAGUCUUAAUAUUCAUCAGAGAAUUCAUACAGGAAAGAAACCUUAUAAAUGCUUUACACAGAAGCACAGUCUUAGUAUUUAUCAGAGAAUUCAUGCAGGAGAAAAACCUUAUGAAUAUAAUGAAUGUGAUAAAUUCUUUAGACAUAAAUGUAGUUUUAGAACUCAUCAAAGAAUGCACACAUGAAGCAAAUGAAAAACCCUUCACCACGAAAGAUCAUC